GUGACAACAACAACGAUGUCAUCGAUUUGUCUACCAGCUGGUGAUUUAUUUGUUCCCAUAAAAAUUGAGGAAAAUGAUCCUUACGAUGGAAUUAAAAAACUUAUGCAAGUUUUACGACCGAAUUGGGAUACGGAUAACAUAAAAUUUAAAUUGUUUACAGAUGGAAUAACUAAUAAAUUAGUGGGAUGCCAGCUCAUUAACGAACCAAAUACCAAAAAUAUUGUUUUAGUCCGCAUUUAUGGAAACAAAACUGAUUUGCUUAUUGACCGGAACGCUGAAUUGCGAAACAUCAAAACAUUAAAUAAACUUGGCCUUGCACCUAAAGUUUAUGGAAUAUUUGAAAAUGGUUUGGCUUAUCAAUAUUACCCAGGAGUAACUCUUACUGUUGAUUCAGUACUAAAUGAUAAAAUAUGGCCUCUUGUAGCACAAAAUAUGGCAAAGAUGCACAAGGUUAAACUCGGAAAAGAUGUAAAAGAAGAACCUAUGGUUUGGGACAAGAUAGAGCAAUUUUUGUGUUUGCUUCCGGAGCCAUUUACCGAUGUUAAAAAAAGGACCAGAUUUAUCGAUAGCUUUGGGUCAGUAACAAGAUUAAGAAUUGAGUUUGAGCGGCUUAAGUCACACUUAAUAAAUACUGAGAGCCCCCUAGUGUUUGCUCACAAUGAUUUGCUUCUAGGAAACGUCAUCUACAACCAAGUUGAAGAAACCAUAGCUUUCAUUGACUAUGAAUAUGCCAGUUAUAAUUAUCAAGGAUUUGAUAUUGCAAAUCAUUUCAAUGAAUUUGUUGGUCUUACCAUCGAGGACAUAGACUAUAAACGAUAUCCAAGCGAAGAGUUUCAAAAGAAAUGGUUAAACGUCUAUGUAUCUGAGUAUUUACAAACCAAUUCACCACCUGCUGAUUAUGUAAAUAAAAUAUACAGAGAAGUUCAGCAGCUAUCACUUGCAUCACACUUUAUGUGGGGCAUUUGGUCUCUAGUGCAAUUCGAAUUAUCUGAUAUUGAUUUUGAUUUUGGAAGAUAUGCCGAAAUACGUUUAAAUAGAUAUUAUGAAACGAAAGAAAAUAUAUUUAAGGAAUUCAGCUGAAACCGGAGCAGCUCAAGAUAAUAAAAAAAACUAUCAGUAAUUUUACUAUAUUCAUUAACAGAGUUUAAAAAUCAUGUUUUUCCUUUAUUUCGUUAUAAUAAAUAGUUAAGUGG